AUGUCCUCAUUUCUUCCAGCGUUUAUUAUUUGUGCCGCAUUAGUCACAAUAUCCACGGCAAGCACUAUUUGUCCGAAUAACCCAGCCGGAAGGGAUCAUCAAAUUGCUAAAUUUAUAACAUUGCAUAAUGCACGCAGGAAAGCACUAGCAGCCGGAGCAAUUGCGUUGAAUGGUGGACGUAAACUUCCAAGAGCUGCAAAUAUGCUGAAAAUGACAUACGACUGCAAUCUGGAAGCGACCGCUAUAGCACAAUCGGCGAGAUGUGUAACUACUGGAUCCACAGGUCUAACCGGUACCGGAGAAAAUAUUGCUCAAGUAAAUAGACAACUAGUGAACAGUAAGCUUGGAGCAAUAGAAAAGGCAAUUUCAUCUUGGUGGAAACAAGGAAGAUUGUUUGGUGGUAGUAUAGGUAGAACAGGAAUAAUCUACGAGCAGAGUCAUACGGGAACUAUCCCUCAAUUCGCACAGAUGGCCUGGGCAAGUGCAAGUCGUCUCGGAUGUGGGAUAACAAAAUGUACAACUUUCUAUUCGGUAGUAUGCCAGUACAAUACUCCACCAACGGUCAACUCGGCUAUCUAUCAGCGUGGUAGACCGUGCACUGCUUGUCCUACCGGAUCCACAUGCGCCUCCAACAGAUUACUUUGCGUCAUACGUUGA